GUUUUUAACAGUUUCCCACUUUUUUCUUGGUUAUGUUGACCACUCAAUUUUCUUUCCUACAUAGGAAGCUGCAACAUAGUACAAAAUCACUUCCAAGUCCAUGUUUUGAUGCUUUCACAGAGCCAAAGAUAUAAUUUUGUAAGGGUUUGCUCCUUCUCCUUCCGCAUACCCCUCUUUUUCUGUCUCUCAGUUGCUAUUUCCAAAUCAGUUCAAGUUUUUGUGAACAUUAGCUUCUUGGGUCUCGAGUUGUCUGAGAGCUGAACAAGAAGAUGGGUGUUGGAAAUCAAGAGGCAAUUAAGCAGUUGCAGUCCCUUAUGGAAAAUGUGGAUGAGCAACAGAAGAACACAUUCCAGAAUGUGCACCAGGGUUAUCCAACUGAAACAUUGAUACGGUUUCUCAGAGCAAGGGACUGGAAUGUUUCCAAAGCCCAUAAGAUGUUAAUUGAGUCUUUGAAGUGGAGAGUGGAGAAUGAGAUUGACAAUAUUUUAGCGAAGCCUAUCCCUGCGGAUUUGUACAGAGCUGUGCGAGAUUCUCAACUCAUAGGAAUGUCUGGUUACUCAAAGGAGGGUCUACCGGUCAUUGCUGUUGGUGUUGGGCUCAGUACAUAUGACAAAGCAUCUGACAAAUACUAUAUACAGUCAUACAUCCAAAUGAAUGAAUAUAGGGAUCGGGUGAUCUUGCCAACAGCUACGAAGAAGCAUGGACGAUAUAUUGGCACCUGUGUGAAAGUCUUGGAUAUGACUGGUUUAAAAUUUUCAGCACUGAACCAAUUGAGGUUGUUGACUGCUAUAGCUACAAUAGAUGACUUGAACUACCCAGAAAAGACAGACACAUACUAUAUUGUUAAUGCACCAUAUGUAUUCUCAGCAUGUUGGAAGGUUGUAAAGCCUCUCUUGCAAGAAAGAACAAGGAGGAAAAUCCAGGUGCUGCAAGGUUGUGGGAAGGAGGAAUUACUGAAGGUAAUGGACUAUGCAUCCCUCCCACACUUCUGCAGAAAAGAAGAUUCCAAGUCAUCCAAACAUAAUGCAACAGGAAGCACUGAAAAUUGUUUCUCCUUCAAUCAUGUCUUCCAUCAACAACUCUACAAUUACGUCAAGCAGCAAGCUAUUAUAAUGGAGUCAAUAUCACCGCCAAUCAGACAAGGCUCCUUCUAUGUAGACAUACCAGAGCCAGACCCAGAUGAUACCAAAAUAGCCAAAACCAUUGAAUCUGAAUUCCACAAAUUGGAAAAUCAGAAUGGCUUCACCAACUCACUAAAUGGUCUUACUGUUAAUGGGCAUUGAAAGCUAGUAACACUGUUUUUGGCAUCACUCCUGAGCCAUUUUUAUUUGUUGAUUACUUUAUAAUCCCUUUUGGAUAAGGAGUGUUAUACUUGUAUUUUAUAAGGGUCAUAGUUUAUACCCGGUUAUUAGAUGUAAUAUUGAAAUAUUUGCAUCAACUCGGUGCAAGUUUCUUUAGACUUAAUCUAAUAUUUAUAACCACCUCGGGAUGAUGAGUAUAUGACAUCUGUU